ACCAUAUUCUAGAAUAGCUAUCUAGAUCUAGAUCUAUAUCUAUAUUAUAGAUCUAGAUCUCUGAGUAGAUCAAUCAUCUCUAUAUAGAUCUAUCUAGAUCUAGCUUUAUAUAGUGUGUUUUAAAUUUUUUUAUGGAGUGAUCCUUAAAGUAAAAAGGAUUACGCCUUGAUUACGGGCACGAAAUGGCCUAAGCUAAAUUGUGCUGAUAUUUAUGCCUAAACUCUAAACUAGGGCUAGGCUAAACUAAACUCAAACUCUGAAAAUACAAAAUCAAAAGAUAUUCACCUCUCUACUCUAUGCCUUUGUAAACUUUGUUAGUUUGUAACAACUUGAAAUAAUAACACACGGAUCACAAAUAAUGUGUAGUUGCCACAGUACAACGUUUUACGUGAGCUGAUGGCCUGGACUUGACUAUGACUUUCACAUGUCAUUUGAGAGUAAGAUGUUUAGUAUUCAUCAUGAUAAGCUGUAUUGUAUUGUUCAAGCGUAAAUUAAGCAGAUUGUGUAGAUGGAUUAUUCUCUAUCGAUAUAGACUGAGCAUUAGUCUAUCAGCUCUACUAUUAAUUUCAAACAUCAUAAUAUUUGACAUGAGCUGUGAAGGUUUGAAGAAUCAACUUAACCCAGUACAUUUAGCCCAUGGCUAUGCUCCUAUUUAUCCAUAUCAUUAUUAUCAUCAACCAGAUAUUUUGAAUGCAACUAAAAGCAUAUUAUCCAAAAACUGGUUGAAAACUCCAAAGAAACUCAAUACUUAUUUACAACAAAAUGUUUUUCCAAAUGUUCUGCAAUCUGCUUACUCACCCAUUGUUCAUGUAAUCUGGUGUGAUGGCGGCUCUUUUACAUUUGUUAAUUUUCUUUCUGUGCUCUCAGUUUAUAAAGUGUUUACUCCAACUAUUGUGUACCUUUAUUUGACUAAAGAGCCAGAAUUAGAUCCAGAUGGUUAUUAUCAGUUUUUGCCUGACUUGGAAAGAGAUCUUCUCCCUUUAGUCAAAGUGACUUUAACUGGAAAAGACAUUUGUGGUGGAGAUAAAGAGGACAAAAUUUUAGCUUAUUUAAACUUGUUGAACUCCCAUGGUGGCAUAGCAAUUAAUGGUAGAACAUUGCUUCCUCCCUCUAAGAAUCUAAAACAUUUUUUGGAAAAUAAAAUCAGUAUAGCCACUAAUGAAAUGGAUACUGAACCUUUGAUCAUUUCAGCUGAAAGAAAUGUGAUAUUGGAUACUCUCAGCAAGCAAUCUUUGUCCACAUUCCUUCAGUCUUCUUUAACCAAAUAUUUGAAAUGUGGAACUAUUUUAUCAAUGUCACCUAAUCAUAUCUGUGCUUUUAUGCAGGAAGAAUUAUUUCCUGUUAAUAUUUUUAACAAAACAUCUUAUUUUGAUCAUCUGGCAAGAUGGGUUGCUUAUGGAACAUCAGAAAGUCGUGUCUCAAAGUCAGCAACCCAAGAGAUCGUUCCUAAUAUAGUCCACUAUGUCUGGCUUGGAAAACGUAAACUUGACUUUUUUUCUUUUUUAAGCUUGCAAAGUAGUCUUCAUGUACUCAAAGCUGAUGCUGUGUACAUCCAUGGAGAUGUACAACCAUUUGGUGAACAUUGGGAUCAGGUCAAAUUAAAUACUCGUGUGAAAUUUAUUCAUCGUGACUUUCCAAAUGCUGUCUAUGGAGAACCUAUUAAAUUAUAUGCCUCUCACGCCAGUGAUUAUCUUCGUGCUGACAUCCUACUUCGAUAUGGAGGCAUCUAUGUGGAUUGGGAUGUUAUAUUCUUGCAAGAAAUGCCUCUUGAUAUAAGGCUUCAUAACACAACAGCCAAUGUGGAUUGGCCAGAAACAGGUGCAUUUCCAGAUGUAUUUAACUUGGGAGUACUGGUUUCUGCUCCAGGAGCACCUUAUCUCCAAUACUUCUUGGAAUCUUACAGGUGGUACUUGGACAGACACUGGUCAUAUAAUGCUAUUCACAUGCCAUAUAAAGUUUAUGAAAAACAGCCACAGACUCUGAAUGUCAAUAGACAUUUACAGAUUUUGUGCGCCCUUAAUAAAUGCCAUGCUCCUUGGAUGGAUGGAUACAAGCAAGAAACAAUAGAUCAUCUCAAGUCACCAGAUCUCCAUUGGCAAACUGAUGCUUUAGCUAUACACUGGACUCAUCCAGACCCCGAAGAGUUUAGUAGUAAAGAAAUGUUGCUCAAGUCAGAAACAAUUACUGGUGAAAUAGGGAAAAAUGUGCUGAAGAAAUCUGGGUUAAUUUAGACAUUGUCUUUUGUUAAAUUGUACCAAUAAAUCUUUAAUUAAAGAUAUUAGUUUUAUGCUUAUAACUUAUACAUGUAUAGAUUUUACAUGAAUUUUAAGUGUCACAAUUGAAAAAAAAAUCAACGCUAGAUGAAAUUAACUUGUGUGGAUUUAUAUUUCUAGUAAUUGUUCAAAUGUUGGAUGCUGAUGACACUGUAAAGCUUGAUUGUUUUUUUUACAAUGUUUAUAUUAAUUCACUCUUGUUAUGGUUAUUUUGAUUUUUAAAAGCUUUGUGAAACUUUUUGUCCUUUUUUAUUUAUCUUCUAAAUUACUUUUAAAAUCACAGUAAUAUUGUUUAAAUAUUGUUGUAAUUUCUCGCAGUCUCAAGGCAUUACUUUAAAUGUAAUUUUUUUAAAAACAUUCCCAAAACUACAGUACCCAGUUAAGUUUACCACACUAUACAUUUGUACUUUAUGCAUAAUUAAUUUUAUACAAGCUUUUAAUCUUAAAUACUUGGCAUACUUUACAAUGGUUACUUGAUUAGCACAUAGUAAAAGGGAACACUGUGAUAUUUAAGGGAGGUUUAUUAGAAUUAUAUACAAAUCAUUAUCAAACUGUGUGAAAACUUGAGAGGUAAUUUCUCCUUCACUUGCACUAAAGUGAAGAGGAUUAGCUCAACAUGUCAACAUCACUCUCUUUUCCCUAAGCCUAUCCUCUUCUGGUAGAAAGAUUUAAAUCUGCUGUGGUAAACAACCCUAACCCUAAAUACAAUGAUAAUUAGAAAAGUGCUAUUUUAAAAAUAUAGUUAUGAAACCAACCUUUCAAUAACAUGAGACACCCCCACCACUUCAUUUUUAUAUUUUAUGUCACUGACCCUUAACACUCAUAUUAGUCCUGCCUCCUCUUUUCUGUGAUUUUUUUGUUUGUUUCUUCUUUGAUGCAGUUGAAGAUUUUUUUUUUAGCUGGUGAUGUGGUCUAAAUGUUCUUUAUUCUAAUUUUGGUUUUGUAGGCAGGGACUAGUAAUGUAAUAUUUAUAUUUCACAGAAGCCAAGCCUUGUGCUAUUGUUAUAUUUUUCAUCACAGUAAUUCUGAUUCUUAGUCAACCUACCAUAUCCACAUUUCUUUGUUGCUUACUAAAUUUACAGACUAAACCUUGACAAUUUUGGGAGAUUUUCUUUGUUUGCAGUGUUUGUUUUAUUUUGUAUUUAUUGGAUAUUCUUCCAAGGUUUAAAAAUGAAAUUAUAUGUUGCAGCAUUCUUCAAUUUUAUAAACUGAGUUCUAUGAUUCUUUUCUGGUCGUGUAUUUAACUGCUAAGUUAGACUUUCAUUUUGUACAUAUGUUUCUAUUAAAUCUUGAGUUCAGAAAAGUGA